CGGGCUUUGUUCUUGACUAGUUUGACUAGUUAGAAACAGCUCGUUAUUCUACACAAACAGUUAAUCGGCAGGUGAUCGGGCUCGUCAUGGCGUGGUGUUCAGAAGAGAGCAGGUUUCUGGAGGAUCUGAAGAGGAAGCGUGUUAAAGUCCGUCUCUCGGACACACAGAUCAGCGGCGUGAUCCAGCGCGUGACACACCGGAGGAGCGUGCUGCUGGAGGACGUAUCUGAAGUGAAAAGCGGACGGAAAUUUCCAGGCGUCAAGAUCAUCUUCGGACAUGAAAUUCUUAAAGUGGAAUUUAGCGGUUCUGCCAAUCAAGACAGCCUUGUUGAUGAAGAGCACAGAUCUGAAGACUCGUUCAGGAAGAAGACCGCAGCGGAUGAAGAUGAGGACAGUGUGAGUUAUGUCCUGAUAGAUGAGCUUCAUGAGAAGUUUGGCCCUGCAGUUAUGCACAUCCAACAACAAAAAGUCGUCGCAAUCGGGGCUGAGGUUUUUGGACAGAUUGCACAAGAGAGACUUUGCUGGUUGCAGGUUGCCACUAAGAGAGUCGUGUACCUGUUUGAUCUGCUCCUGCUGGGCGCGCAGGCGUUUAAAAACGGCCUGUCCAUGAUCCUGGAGAACCCUCACAUCCUGAAGGUGGUUCAUGACGGCCGCUGCGUGUCCCGAUGCCUGAGAGCGGAGUUCAGAGUUCACCUCACCAACGUCUUUGACACGCAGGUGGCUGAUCUCAUGCUCUUCUACAGAGAGACCGGAGGCUUUCUCCCGGACCGGGUCAGCUCUCUCCAGGAGCUCCUCCGGCUUCAUCUCAAGCUGCCCGUCUCUGACCUUUCACCCCUGCGCUCCAAAGAGCUCCGGCGCAAGGAGUGUCCCGAGGUGUGGUACGUCCGUCCCGCUCCACCUGCCCUCAUGAACAUCAUGGCCGCUUCGGUCAGUCAUCUUCUCCCGCUGCGCCUCGUGCUUCUGGACGCCCUGAUGUCAGAUUUCACCAUUCUGGUAGACGCUUAUAUGAGCAGCUGUCACCACCAGUCUCUUCAGACUGAGCAGGGUGAAGGAGCGCUCCCAGCGGUGGUGGAGGAGCUGUUAGCGGUGCGUCAGGAGCGGAUGGACUGGGCGGCUCGACGGUACUCUCUGACCGACGCCGGCCUGCUGAGACGCUCCAGCUUCACUCACACCGAAGUUACUCUAAAAAAGCCUGAUAAACCUGUUUGAACUUUUUUUCUGUAAAAGAAAUGUUUUCAAAAGAAGAUGGAAGUUUAGUUUGUUCAGCUGGAGUUCUUUACACUCAGUUUCUUAACUCUGUGAAGAGUGUUUUGUUACAGGUUUGGUUUGUAUUAAAAAGCCUGUUCUGCCUCCGUG